UAAGAAUAUUCAAAUAUGUAAGAAAUUCAUCAGAAAUAAUAUAAUUAAGUUAGUAUUCUGUUGUUGGCCUUCACCAUUAGUAAUAUGAGCAAAUUAAAUUGCAGGGAAGUUGUGGUGCUACUAAUAACAUACUGCUUGGUUUGCUACAAUGGGUUAAUUCUCUCCUCCGCGUCCUCGCCACCUGCAGGUUAUAUCAAUAUUGAUUGUGGAAGCGAACCUGAUGCUGUUACGUCUGGAUACAAGUCUGAUGAAAGUUUCAUAGAUACAGGAAUAAACGUGCAGAUGCCAUAUAGUAGUGUUGAUGAUCCAAUAUUAAGAACAGUCAGAAGCUUUCCUAAUGGUGUUAGAAAUUGUUACACCCUUCAACCUUCGGAGAGAAGUAAUACCAACUACUCCUACUUGAUUAGAGCAAGGUUCAUGUACGGAAAUUAUGAUCAACAAAAUCGCACACCAGCUUUUGAAAUUUAUAUUGGAGUUAACUUUUGGGACACUGUGACUUUCAAAGCUACAGAUCAGCAGCUAUUCUUGGAGAUUAUUUACAAGCCCAAGACAGAGUUUAUUAACGUAUGCUUAGUAAACAUUGACCAAGGCACCCCUUUCAUAUCUGAGCUAUUGCUCAGGCCUUUGAACAAUUCUACUAUAUAUCCUUCUGCUCAGUCGGGUGCACUUUUCACUUUUUGUCGUUAUAAGACUGGUUCUUUAUCACCAAGCCCUGGAUAUACGAGCGAACCAAAUGACAUAUAUGAUCGAUUCUGGUCUCCUCUUCCUGAAAGUUUCAAUUCCAGCUGGAAAACUUUUGGGUCAAGCACAGAACUGGAAAGUUUAACGAAUGAUGCAUAUAAAGUACCACCAAACAUAUUGAUGUCAGGAGCCACUCCACGGUCUGGGAGUCAGUUCUUGUAUCUUAGAUGGGAACCGCGUAACCCAGCAGAUGUAAAUUACUUGUACUGGCACUUUGCUGAAACGGAGAAGCACGGUAGAAAUGACUCAAGGGAAUUCAAUAUAGAUGUAUUGGGAACAGGAACAGGAACAACAAUCACACUGGAAUAUUUUAAGGCACUUACAGUAGUUUCACCUCCAAUUGUGCUUCAACCUGGACAAUCAGAAAUUACGUUUAACAUCACUCAAACUAAUGCAUCCACCCUUCCUCCUAUUCUUAACGCAGUGGAGAUCUUCACUUUCGUGAAUUUUUCAAAUGCAGAAACAAACCAAGAUGAUGUGAAAGCUAUCACGAAUAUCAGAACAAAGUAUGCUGUGAUGAAAGGCUGGAAUGGAGAUCCAUGUCUUCCGAGAGUCCCGUGGGAUGGACUCAAUUGCAGUCAAAACGACAAUAAUGAUCCCCCAAGAAUAACAUCUUUGAACUUGUCUUCAAAAGGUCUAACUGGAGAAAUAUUGCCUUCAUUGUCUCAUCUCACAUCAUUAAUCCACUUGAAUUUAUCGUAUAACGCUCUUACAGGAGUAAUUCCUGAAUCAUUGGCGCAAUUGCCAUCCUUACAAGUCCUCGAUUUGAGAGGAAACAAUCUCAGAGGUUCAAUUCCUGUUGCACUCAUGGAUAAAGUUAACAGCCGCUUCUUGUCAUUGAGUUUGGACGGCAAUCCAGAUCUUUGUACUUCAAAUCCAUGCACUGGGAUUAAGAAAAAAAAGCGUAAUGUUUUGCCUGCUUUGGUUGCAAGUACUGCUUUGUUUGUUGUUCUCGUCGCUGUAGCUGUAUUCUACACAUGUAGGUGGAAGAGAAAUAAAGGUUCUGUUACUCGUACCAAAAGUGAUGGGCGAAUGAAGUCAAAAGAUCGACAAUUUACAUACGCUGAGGUUAUUAGAAUGACCAACAAUUUUGAAAGAAUCUUAGGUAAAGGAGGAUUUGGAACUGUUUAUUACGGCUCUUUAGGAGAUAAUACUCAAGUUGCAGUCAAGAUACUGAAUCAACCCUCUGCUCUGACAUCAUUUCAAACUGAGGCAAAACUGUUGAUGAGAGUUCACCACAAGAAUUUGGUUUCUCUCGUUGGAUAUUGUGAUGAAGACGAUAGCAUUGCACUUAUCUACGAAUACAUGCCUAACGGUAACCUGCAAGACCAUUUAUCUGGUAGAGGUAAACAGGAUAAUACUUCAACAUCAAGCUGGAAAGAGAGACUCCAAAUAUCCAUUGAUGCUGGACAAGGUCUGGAAUAUUUGCAUAACGGAAGCAGACCAUCCAUUGUUCAUAGAGACAUGAAAACAGCCAAUAUCCUGUUGGAUGGUAAACUACAAGCAAAAAUAGCGGAUUUUGGAUUGUCCAAAACCUUUGCAACUGAAAGUGCUUCUCAUAUUUCAACUGAUCAUGUUAUUGGUACACUUGGCUAUGUUGAUCCAGAAUACCAUGUCACAUAUCGUUUAAACGAGAAAAGUGAUGUGUUCAGUUUUGGGGUCAUCCUGUUAGAGUUGAUCACAGGGCGGCCAGCAAUUACUAGAGUCAUGGCGGAAAGCAUCCACAUAAGUAAUUGGGUAACGCCUUUGGUUGAAAAGGGGGACAUUCAUAAAAUUGUAGAUAAGAGGUUGGGUGGAGAAUUCAGCAUCAACUCAGCUUGGAAAGCCUUAGAAACCGCCAUGGCAUGUGUUCCUUCAGUAGGAAUCCAAAGGCCAACCAUGGAUCAAGUGUUGGCAGAUCUAAAGGAAUGCUUAGCUCUCGAGUUGGCUCAUGAAAGGGCCAGAAAAGGCACUGAGAUUAAGUUGCAGCCAGUUUCUUCAACAGACGAUUCCUUUGAUUUUGCACAAAUUGAUUCAGAGGCAAACAUUGGUCCAAGUGCUAGGUAGCUCAUCUAUUUAAUCAAUUGCUAGGUAGCUCAUCUAUUGCACUGGAAGCUGUAUCUGUGAAUUACACUAAAAAAAUCUAUUAAUAGGAAAGACACUCUGUAUCAUAUCAAGUAUUAUCUACCUAAAUUUCUCUUGGCUUUUUCA